GGAGGGCGGGAGGAAGAGAGGGAGGAGGGAAAUGAGGGAGUGGAGGAGAGGUUGAGCUCCGCGCUAAAACCCAGAUUUGAUCAGAGAGUUAAAAGUUGCGCUGAACGCCAGCAGCUCCAAACGGGGCUCGGGACUUGUUGAGCUUCGCACGAGACAAAAAAUACAACAAACAACAACAACAACAAAAAACAACAAGGCAAAGAAUCGCGCGCUGCUUUGGACUUAUUAUCGUUUUUUUAUAUAUUCAUUUUUAUACACAUAUUGCUUGUGUAUAUUUAUAUAAUAGAUACUCCGCGUUUUAUUUAUUAUUUUCCGCAAAUAAGCGGGCGAUUAUUUUCCUCCAAUGACAACUAAAAGAAAGACGACACCCGAGCACGAGAAAAGGACGGAACUGAGAAGUUAAAAAAGAAGAAAAAAAAAACACACACAAACUGUUUCUUCUCCCGUUUUGCAGGUGAUCGGAAGCGAUGCGAGCUUUGAAGAGCCGUGUGGAUUAACCCGCAAGCAGCCAGCAAACAGCCCGAGGAAGCACAAAGGACCUCUUCUUAUUGCUAAUAUCACCGCUAAUAUUUUAUUAGCGCGUGUUUGGUGCGAAAAAGGCCUGAGUGCAUGAACGUUUGAUUGAGAGACUUAAAAAGAGACAGAGAGAGACAGACAUAAAGAGAGAAAGAUGGACGUGGGUGCGGAACAGCCUCGUUGGAUGAGCCACCACCACCCGGUCAUCAACGGGAAUCACCCCGAGUCACAUCACCCCGGACUGGGACACUCCUACAUGGACCCAUCGCAGUACCCGCUUCCAGAUGACAUGGAUGUAUUGUUUAAUAUUGACGGACAGGGCAACCACCCGUACUACGGGAACCGGGCCAUACAGAGGUACCCACCUCCUCACAGUAGUCAGGUGUGUCGUCCAUCCUUGCUGCACAGUUCCCUGCCAUGGCUGGAUGGCAGCAAAGGCAUCGGCCCACACCACAGCGCCUCGCCGUGGAUGGGGCCCUUCCCUAAGACCCCUCUGCACCACCAUGGCUCUCCAGGAACACUGUCAGUCUACCCUCCAGUGUCCUCCUCCUCCUCCUCUUCGUCCUCACUGUCAGCUGGACAUGCCAGCCCGCACCUAUUCACCUUCCCCCCAACCCCACCAAAGGACGUGUCCCCGGACCCGGCCAUUUCUACCCCGGGCUCUGGCUCGUCCGUGGUACGACCAGAGGACAAAGAGUGCAUUAAGUACCAGCUGCCCGAGAGCAUGAAGCUGGACCCGGCCCAUAGCCGGAGCAUGGCCAGCAUCGGCGCAGGGGCAUCUGCAGCCCACCACCCCAUCGCCACUUACCCUUCUUAUGUGUCCGAUUACGGGCCGGGCAUCUUCCCACCAAGUAGCCUCAUAGAGGGCAGGGAGUGUGUAAACUGCGGGGCUACCUCCACUCCGCUAUGGAGGCGCGACGGGACCGGACAUUACCUCUGCAACGCGUGCGGACUGUACCACAAAAUGAACGGCCAGAACAGACCUCUCAUCAAACCCAAGAGGAGGCUGUCUGCUGCAAGGCGAGCUGGUACUUCAUGUGCUAACUGUCAAACGACCACCACGACACUGUGGAGGAGAAACGCGAACGGAGAUCCAGUGUGUAACGCCUGCGGCCUCUACUACAAACUGCACAAUAUCAACCGACCGCUCACCAUGAAGAAGGAGGGCAUCCAGACCCGGAACAGGAAGAUGUCCAGCAAGUCCAAGAAGAGCAAAAAGUCCCAGGACAGCAUGGAGGACUUCUCCAAGAGCCUGAUGGAGAAGAGCAGCUCCUUCAGCCCGGCGGCGCUGUCGCGUCACAUGACCUCCUUCCCGCCCUUCUCGCAUUCCGGCCACAUGCUGACCACGCCCACCCCCAUGCACCCUUCCUCCAGCUUACCCUUCGCCCCGCACCACCCCUCCAGUAUGGUCACCGCCAUGGGCUAGGCCACUCCCACUGCUACCUCUAGACCACCCUGACCAUGACCUUUGACCUCGGGCAUGGCGAGCCUCUGAACCCCUUUGACCUUUGACCCUUGAGACCACCACCUCCCUUCUUCCCUUGACCCCUUCUUUUGGACUUCUGCUCUCUCUCCUCGAGCCUGGCCCACAGAGGACUGCUGGAGACUUGUCUCAACCGUACUCAACUGACCUUGUUCACUCCCUCCCCUCCAGACUUUGCUUAAAGAACGCUUGACUCUUCGUCCGAGUUGCGAGAAGAAGAGAGAGAACGGGCGAGAGCUACAGAGCGAAAGUGAGAAAGUGUGCAAGCGAGAAAGACCCUAAAACCCCAGCGUGUACAGAAGUCGCUCUUGUUCACUCGUUCGAGGACACUUUUGUAAAGGUGAAAGCAUCGACAAGAAAACAGGAAAAACAAGCAAACAAACAUUGUUCUUUGUUCCUCUGUCAAUGCAUCAGUCCAUCCAUCCACUCAUUCAUUUAUCAUCCAUCCACUCAUCUUCAUCCUCCUAUUUCUCCUCCUUUUCGUUUAGAAAUUUAUUUUCUUUUCCAUUUGAGACAAGAACUCCCAGAGCGGUGAAAGACACAGAGGAGACGGACUCUUGCAUAUAUUUGUACAAAUUGUAUGAAAUACAGUACAUUUAAUGAAGACUUUUUAAAAUGAGUUAAACGACAAAAAAGAGAGAGAGACUUAUGAGAUGACGGAAUGAAAAAAGACAAAAAAAAUAAAAUAAAUAAAAUUAAGAGAAACGCCCUUGGGCAGCUAACGACGAGAAGGGUACGACGACGCAAACCUGGAGGAGAACACGGAGAAGACGGUGAAGAACGAGCGAAGAAAGGAAGAAAGGAAGAAAGGAAGAAGGCCGGGAGUGUCUCUUUCUUUUUCUCUCUUUCUUUCUCUGUCUGGAAAGAUAGAGACAGAUAGAAAGAGAGAGAGAGACAUGAAGGUAGAACUGUGGGGAACUCAGUUCAGGAAGCAGUGCAGGCUGUGGUGGGAUGCCUGUUAGAAACAGUGUGUAAUGCAUUAAUGCUAAAGGUGGUCCGAGGGUCUUUCUCAGACCACCAGCUACUCUUUUGGAUGUGUUAUAGGUCUUGGGCAAUUGGUUUGUGUUCGCGCUCCAAUACAUACCAACACAUACACACACACACACACACACGCACAUACACACAAACACACACUUAUAUAAGCACACAUACAGCACAUACACACAAACACACACACACACACACACACACACACACACACACACACACAGAAAUACACACAUGUAUACACAUACACUGACUUACUGACGUAUACACACACACACAGAGUACACACACACACAAACAGUACAUACACUGAACACCUCUGUUCACCUGAAAGACUUUUCUUCCGGCCCAGGUUAUAUGCAUUGUGAAAAAAAAGUUCCUGUAUUUGUUAUUUGUAUGUAUAAUUCAGAGUACCAAAAAUACGAAAGAAACAAAGAUGUAGAAUUAUUUCUUUAUGUAAUGCAGACUGAAUGGUUGUACAAAUUUAAUAAUCACUAGUGUAAAAAAAAAAACAACAGACUUGCUUUUUUGUUGCGUAAUUUUUUUCCCUCUUUGAAAAUAAUAAACUAGUUUAAUCUCUGUUGAACAUCA